UCUCUCUUUCUAUUUCUUCACUCCUUUCAUAGUUUCACUUCCACUCUCUCUUCAUUCAUCCUCAAACCCUAAUCUCCAUUAAAACUUCUUUUCCUCUAAAAACCAAAACUUAUUUCCCAUAUUUCCUUUCAAAACAAUGCUUAAAUCAUCCAUACUAAUCCCAUCCCUCACACUCCUAAUCUCAAUCCCAAUCCUCUUCUUAUUAGCACCAAAAAUCCUCCCAACACGCCAAAUCUCGAUAUCCGUGUCGGAGGAGCUCGAAGAUCUAUCUCUAUUCCAAAAAGCAAUAUCCGCCGAAACAUUUUCCCCAAAAUACCCUUCCCGUAACAAACUCAAACUUGGGUCCACUACAGUUCGACCACCCAAAAUUGCAUUUUUAUUCCUAACAAAUUCAGAUUUAAAAUUCUCAUCAUUAUGGGAAAAAUUCUUUAAUACCACAAAUGGGACCCCCCACCACUCACAUUUAUACAACAUUUACAUACAUGCUGAUCCAUUUAUUAAAAUUACACCAUUAAGUGGCGUUUUUAAAGAUAGAUUAAUUCAAGCUAAACGUACUCAACGUUCAUCACCUACAUUAAUCUCAGCAGAAAGGAGAUUACUAGCUCAUGCAUUACUUGAUGAUCCAUCAAAUUACUAUUUUGCCCUUAUUUCACAGCAUUGUAUACCAUUACACUCUUUUAAUUAUUUUUACAAUUUUUUACUUGAUACCCAAAAAUUGUCUAGGAAAAUGGAGUUUCCUAGUUAUGUUGAAAUAUUAGAUGAAUCUGAUUCAUUAUUAAAAAGGUAUAAUGCUAGGGGUAAAGGUGUAAUGUUACCUGAAGUUAAGUUUGAUGAGUUUAAGGUUGGUUCACAGUUUUUUGUACUUACAAGAAAACAUUCUUUAAUGGUUAUUAAAGAUAGGAAAUUAUGGAGGAAAUUUAAGAAAACAUGUAUAGAUGUUCAGUCUUGUUAUCCUGAAGAGCAUUAUUUUCCAACUUUGUUAUCAAUGGAAGAUCCAAAUGGUUGUACUAAGUAUACAUUGACAAGUGUUGAUUGGACUGAUAUGGUUGAUGGUCAUCCACAUACUUAUCAUCAAAGUGAAGUUUCAAGACAGUUGAUUUAUGAUCUAAGGAAGUCGAAUUCAAGUUAUGAUUAUAUGUUUGCAAGGAAAUUUUCAGCUGAUUGCUUGAACCCUUUGAUGGAAAUUGCUGAUUCAGUGAUUUUCAAGGACUAAUUCUUGGUGAUGAUGAAGGCUGAAGACAAAUCAAAGGCAAAACCUUUGAUGAUGUUGUGAAGACAAAGAAUUGGUUGUUGUAGGAGUAACACGUGUGGGAAUGAGGUUUUUUGAAGGGUUUGUUAAAAAUAUGCCCUCAAACCAAGUAAUCCCCGAAGGAGAGUAUCCAACUCAAAGCUUGGAUGAGCUUUCAAAGAAAGCAAUGGACAGCCAGGUGUUAGUAGUAGUAGUAGUCGUC